AUGAACAUUGUCUAUAUAUAUGGCUUGAUGCAGCAUGUACCAAUUAAGUUUUUCAAAAAGUAUAUUGGAAACGUGAAGAAGCAAGUGAUGACAAUGUUACAGUUUAGAAAGACAUUGUGGCCUGUGAAGCUUGUACUUCAUGGACGUGGUUAUUCAGUCUCGUUUUCUGCUGGUUGGUCCUCAUUUGCAAGAGAAAAUAAACUGCAACCUGGAGAUGUUUGCAUCUUUGAGCUUGUCAAUGGAAAAAAUAAACUCCCAAGCAAUUUCACUACAAAAUGUGGAGAUGGAAUGUCAAACCCGGUGUUUCUCAAGCCUCCAGAUAGCGCUGAAUGGAAAAUACACUGGAUUAGGCAUGAUGGUGAGAUUUGGUUUGAGAAAGGAUGGAAGGAGUUUGCCACAUACUAUUCUCUGGGUCAUGGUCACUUGUUGUUAUUUGAAUAUGAGAGAACUUCUCACUUGGAUGUGCACAUAUUUGACAAUAGUGCCGUUGAAAUAGACUAUCCAUCCCUAUUUACUCAUGACAACCCUCAUCAGAUUAUCAAUGAUUCUGUUCAAAGUUUGGACAAACUUGUGCAGAUCAAUGAUGAUUCUGUUGAAAUUUUGCGUGAGCAAUGUUGCCAAAAGACAGGAGUCAAAUAUACAGUCUCAUCUGCUCAACCCUGUAAGAGAAUGAAAGAUAGCAUAAUUACAACUGUUGGAGGAAGCAGCAACGGGGUAAACUUGCAUCAGCAUGGUCAAACUAGGAGGACUAUUUUUCAAGACAAGGGUAAAGACAUUUUUCAUGCUGGAUUCCCAAAUAUGGAUGAACUAACCUCCAGGGCUUUAGAUAGAGCCACUUCUUUCAAAUCUGAACAUCCCUCUUUCUUGCUUGUUAUGAAACCAGCGUUCAUCAAUGAAAAUUACCUGGAAAUUCCGCCACAAUUUUCAAAACAAUAUUUGAAGAAAACACAUGCAGUUAUCCUCCUUGAAGUCAUGGAUGGGAGAAGUUGGCCUGUUAUUUGUUACGCUUCUAGAAUUACUACUGGAUGGCAGAAAUUUGCAUUGGAAAAUAAUUUGAAUGUGGAUGAUGUUUGUGUUUUUGAACUGAUCAAGAAGAUCCAGAGUGUUGCUUUCAAAGUUUUCAUUUUCCGAUCUGCAGAAGAACCAAGUGGCCCCAUUUCACAGGCUAAACAUGAAUUCUGUGAAAAUGCAAAUAUAGAUGAUUCAAAAUUCAGCAUAGUGCAUCAUCCUUCAACUAGCUCGAGAGGUGGGAGUUCAAGUCAAAGAACUUCACGGGUUGAAAGUCACCUCAAGUUCAACUUCAUAAUAGGCGAAGGUCAGAAAGAAGCCAGCAAAUUCACAUCAGAAAAUCCCUUUUUCAUGGCCACUCUAAAAUUGCAUGGAAACACAACCAGAUGCCCGCGUGUGCCAAGUAUCUUUGUGAGAAAUUAUGUUAUAAACAAGCACAUGAAGGUGAUGAUGCUACGGCUCGGAAAUAAUUUGUGGCCUGUAACGUUUGUAUUUCAUCAAAAUGAUGCUUCAGGCACGCUCUCUGCUGGUUGGCCCUUGUUUUCAAGAGAAAAUAAUCUGCAAAUGGGAGAUGUUUGUAUCUUUGAGCUGGUCAAUAGAGAAGAUGUAACACUUGCUGUUCAUGUUUUCAGAGGUCACUCUCAGAUAAUGCAUUAG